AUGCGCUCCCCGCUCCCGUUCCCCGGUGUCCCUGAUCGUCCUUACAAGAUCCUGCUCGUGCAGAAAACCAUCAAGAAAUCACGACGGGUUCUCUUCUCGGACGAUGCGUCGCACGACGGAGGCCGCCUGCUCGGCGUGUUCGGCGGGGCGGUGCAGCCGCUGCUGCGGGCCGAGGGCGACGCCACCGUGCACUCCUGCCGGCUGCUGCACGCCGUGAGCGCGAUGACGGGACACGGGAGGCACGCGGAGGAGGGCGAGGCUGUGCCGGUCGCGGGUGGCUUCGAGGCGCCCAUCUUUGGCGCGCGCGUCGUUGGCCAGGUCACCACGCUGGCGCUCGAGGGCGAGGCCGGCCCUCUGGCAUCGCUCCUGCGUGCCGUCGCAAGCGAUCGCGCGGGCGGCUGGUACGUCUCGACUAAGGAGGGCUCGCUGCUGCACGUGUCGGCGGCCGGGCGCAUCCGCACCGUCGCGACCUGCGAGGAUUGCCGCGAUAUUGCGCUCAGCCCCGACGGUAGCGCGCUGUUUGUGGCGGACUGCGACAACCACAAGAUCCGACGGGUGGAGGUGGCGACUGGCACUGUGUCUACGCUCGCGGGCAGCGGCGGAGAAGGCGACGCGGAUGGCAUGGCCGACGCAGCGCAGUUUCAGGACCUAUACGGCGUCACCAUCAGCCCCGACGGCAGCGUGCUAUUUGUGGCGGAUUUCUGCAAGAUCCGGCGGGUAGAGGUGGCGACUGGCGCUGUGACUGCGCUCGCGGGCAGCGGCGAAGGAGGCGACGCGGAUGGCGUGGGCGACGCGGCGCAGUUCAACGACAUAUUCGGCGUCACCAUCAGCCCGGACGGCAGCGCGCUGUUUGUGGCGGACUUCGGCAACCGCAAGAUCCGGCGCGUGGAGGUGGCGACGGGCGCAGUGACGACUGUCGCGGGCAGCGGCGCCCAAGGCAGCGCCGAUGGUGUGGGCGGCGCAGCGCAGUUCUCGCGCCCAGCCACUGUCGCCGUCAGCCCGGACGGCAGCGCGCUGUUU